AAUCCUAUUGGCCCUUCUCGCAUCAAGGGGCGGGGCUUAUCUUCACAACAAAAUGAGAAAGGAAGUGCCUCGGCAGAAUUUUGUGUCCCAGCUACGUUAUUAAUUUGGCGUUCAUUAUUCCUGAGUGGCAGCGUAAAGAAAGAGUGACACCAUGACUACAGAGGGGGAGCCCACAGAUUUGGUCAAAGUGCUUCACCUCCUGCUGCUCUCCUUCUCCUGGGGGAUGCAGGUCUGGGUCUCCUUCAUCGCAGGCUUUGUGUUGGUGAUGAAGGUGACUCGGCACACCUUCGGCCUGGUGCAGAGUAAACUGUUCCCGGUGUAUUUCUACUGCCUGCUGGGGAGUAACGUGCUCAGCCUGGCUCUGUUUGUUGUGUAUCAUCCCCGAGAGCUGCUGGACUGGCAUGAGAGUGUGCAGAUGGUUCUGUUCUUCGUGGCUCUGAUCACAGCGGUUCUGAACGGGCAGUGGUUGGGUCCUGCGGACGAGGUGAUGUUCCAGAUGAGGGGGGUGGAGGAGGAGCACGGUCUGGGGAACCAGAUCGGGCUGAGCAGCCAGAAAGAGGAGUACGCUAAACUCAGAGAGCAGGACCCCAAGUACAAAGCCUUCAAACGCACCUUCGGCAAAUACCACGGGAUGUCCAGCCUCUGCAACCUGAUCGGAUUCCUGUGCACCACCGCCAACCUGAUCUAUACAGCACUCAAUCUAUCCACCAUUUAGAGGAGUUUCCAUCCAUGAUGUAUGGACUUUUUAUGGUGAAACCUGUCCACAGAGGAAAGUGUAAGAGACAUGAUGUUAAUGUAGUUGCAUAGAAUGUUGUAUUACCUGCUGUCCCAAGUGUCCUUAUGAGGGAGGAUGGGUUGUUUGCCAUUUAGCUUUUUUUUUUAAAUACACUAUUGCUGAUCACAAUCAAAAUGGGUCCUACGGUGGAGCUCCAUGCUGGGGCCCACCUCCUCCGUUGCACCAUUCCUGUAACGUAAAGUUAAGCAGGAAAUAAUAGUGCUAUUCUGAGAUUGCAAACACUAGCUAACGUUAGCUAAUUAUGCUAUUGGCGUGUGCAAACUACCCUUAACGCGAGUUGAAUUUAUUAAUUUGCUUUACACUAUUAUUUCUUGUUCUUGUUCUAACGUUAACAGUAGUUUGCUUUAGCAAAGCUAGCUGAAAUUAGCGUUUGUUAAUAAAGAAAAGUUAAAUAACAUUAGAGUUUUUAUUUCAUAGUUUUAUCGUAAAUAUAAAACGGGAUACAAUUAUUAAAUACACUCUCAGAAGGCCACUUCCUUCAUUAACAUUUAGAGCAAUAAAACAGGACACUCUGCGUUUUACCAGAAUGUAAACAUUAUUUACGAGACACUAUUGCUUUUACGUUAGUCGGCUCGAUCAGUUUGGCACUUUUCCUGCUGUCAAUCACUAUUUAAUUAAGGCAGUCUCACAAUAAUAAGAUUUUUAUCUGUUUGUUUUUAAUGCUUGAUUAUAUUGCUUGGGUGCAGUUCACCUGUAUCUCCACCAGGGGGCUGUGUUAGGCACAGGUGUGUUAAAGGGAAAGAAUUGCUUUUGAUGCAUUUGUAAAAUAAAUAGUGUGUUUCCAAACAUUUGAAUAAAACCAUGUGUUAAAUUUGAA